UCUUUAAUUAAAAUUUUGUGCUCCGUGAAGAACAAGAUGGCGAAUGAUGAUCAUCCCCGUCUCAUUAUUCCCAAUUUUCUUUCUCUAGCCGAAUGCAAGGAACUUGAAUUCAUCCAUCAGAGCUGCGGCGCAGUUGGGUAUAGACCAAAUGUCUUCUCCACUACUCUUUCUCAUCUUAUUGCCACCAACUGUGGUCACUUUCUUAUGCCUUUUGUACCCAUUCGUGAGAGGCUGAAGGAGAAAGUGGAGGAGUUCUUUGGGUGUGAGUUUGAGCUUUUUAUUGAAUUCACUGGCUUAAUUAGUUGGUGCAAAGGAGCUAGUAUUGGCUGGCACAGUGAUGAUAACAGGCCUUAUUUGAGACAAAGGGAUUUUUCUGCAGUGUGUUAUUUGAACAAUCAUGGUGAAGAUUUUAAUGGAGGGCUUUUUCAUUUCAAGGAUUCAGAACCUGAAACUCUCAUUCCCAUGGCUGGUGAUCUAGUUGCUUAUACCGCAGACAGCAGAAACAUACAUUCUGUUGACGAGAUUACGGAUGGAGAAAGACUUACAUUAACAUUAUGGUUUACCCGUGAUAAUUCCCAUGAUGAGGAUGCGAAACUUAUUUCUUUUCUCACACAGAACCAUUUAACAUGUUCGCUUCAUCCUUCUUUCCUGCCCUCACCAGCAUCAAGCAAAAUGUACUGGUUUCCCCCUGAUGAAUCUUCAGGCUACCAAUCAAAAGGAUUUGAUAUUCGCUUUGCAAGACUGCAUACUCUUGGAUUCGGUCUCUUUUGUCAUAUGGGUCAAAGAAAUAUUUCAGAAUCCGAUCCUUCUGAUGAUUUUAUGGAAAGAUUGAAUGAUCCUUUGAUGAUAACAAGGGAAAAUAAUAUGUUUGACAAGGAAUUUCUCAACAUAUCACAUAUCCUUCAGGUUAUAUUAUUCUAUCAUUGGCAGGCUUCCAAUCUGCAAGGAGAAGAGAAGAAUGUUGAAAACCCAAAUGUGUUAGUGGUACCAUUAUCCCAACUGCAGAUUGACAAAGUGAACAUGCUGAAACACACUUUUCUCAAGGAUGAAGAACUGGCUAAGGCAUUGUUUAGUUUCAAAUUCAUCGCGAAUUGGCAACAAUUUCCUCUUGGUUCGGCCCAAUUUGGUGCUGCAGUUGAUGAAUGGGAAUUGUAUUGUAUUAAGUUAUGUAAAGAGCUUUCGACAAGCUUAUCGCACUGGAGAAGGCAUGGAUCUAUUUUCUCGGUCGCAGACUCUUGUAGAGAUUAAGAUUGAGAAGCUUGAAAGCAUUUUUGAGUGAUAUUAUAAUUUUAUAUAUAUUUGCCAAUUUUAUAAAACUAUUAUUUUGGAUUAAAGUUUUGAAAAUGGUAUUGUUGAGUUUUUCUUAA